AUGUACUAUUUCCAGGAUGUGAAUAUGAUGGUGAUUCUAGGUUUUGGCUACAUGUGCACUUUUCUGGUGCGGUAUGGUUUCAGUGGCUCUGGGUUCAACCUCCUUGUGGCUGUCAUAGCCACCCAAUGGGCUAUCAUACUCAAUGGCAUUGAGAACUGGUAUUACAGAGGAAAGAUCAGGAUAGACUUGAAAAGCUUAGUGGUUGCGGAGAUGUGUGCAACCUCUGCCCUCAUUUCAAUUGGAGUCGUGCUGGGGAAGACUAACCCUGUCCAUCUGAUCAUCAUCGCUCUGCUGGAGGUCUCAGGGUUUGUACUGAAUGAAUGGCUCCUCCAGACUCUGCUGAAGGUCCCGCCUCUGAACAGCAUCAUGCUGCUUCACAUUUUCGCGGCCUUCUUUGGGCUCAUGUUGACCCGGAUCCUGUACAGGAAAGGAUCCGAGCAACCAUUUGAAAAAGAGAAAGUUGAUCGCAAAACAGGAUUGUUCUCCAUAUUGGGGGCUUUGUUUCUCUGUGUGUUUUGGCCCAGUUUUAACUCCAUCCUAGUGGAUAAUCGUACCCCUGGGAGGAGGCUGGGGGCCGUGCUCAGCAUCCUGGCCCUGGCAGUCAGUGCUGUGACAGCAGCUGCUGUGUCUUCGCUCUCCAGCCCCAAGGGAAAACUCAACCCGAUCCAUUUGCAGUCUUGCAUGCUUGCUGGCGGUGUUUCUAUUGGGGUUGCCAUGCCACCGGUUCAUCAGCCAUGGGAAUCCAUGGCGAUCAGAUUCACUGCUGCUGUUGUAUCCACCAUUGGAUUCAGAUAUCUUAAGUUUUUGAUGCUGCUUGCGUUUAAGUGCCAUGACACCUGUGCUGUCCUGAGCACACAUAGACUGCCUGGUCUGCUGGGAUGGCUGGCACAUCUCCUGCUACAGAUUAAAGAAUGCGAUGAUCACACAACGGCAAUCCGGUUUGCUGUAUUUCACAUCUGUUCUCUCCUCAUUACCAUCUCUUUAAGUCUGUGCAUGGGAAUCAUUACAGGGCUCCUACUCAAGUGGAACUUCUGGAGGCCUCCCCAAGACAAGAAGUGCUUUGAUGAUCAGGCUUUCUGGGAGUUUCCCCAUCUUGCAGUGCGAAAGUAAGAAGACCAAGAUUCUGGAAAGCUAUUUUUGGUGUCCAUUCAUAUUGAUAUAUAUCAUUUUACACCAUUUUGCUUACUGAGUGAAAAGUAUCUUGAUGUUUUUUAUAUGUGCAAAAUAAAAAAAUAAAACAUAAAAGCAUGAAUGAAUGCAAGACUUGUUUUCUGCACGGUAUGUUGCUGUUUAAUGCUGCCACAGUUGUAAGAAACACACCUCAUGGUUUUGCUGUUACACAAGCAAAUAGGUAGGUGUUGCAGUCAAAAACAACCCAUAUGGUUACAUUCAGUAAAUGUGUACAGUAUUAUGAAAUAUUGCCCUCAAUGAUGGUUUGUACCAUAAUAAUGUAUGCUGUGUCCACUCAAAAGACUUUCCAGAUUCAAAAGAUGUUAAAAGUAAGUAUUCCCAAACUAAAUGUGGACAGUUCAGAGAAAUAAAGCUCCCAAGAAACACAAGCUGUACAACAUUAGAACAAACAUGGCUAAACAGUUGAGUGCAAAUAGACACAUUUAAAGAUGUUCCAUUAUACAGCAAACAAUAUAAAUUAAACAAGUUAAUUUGAAAGCUAAAAAAGUUUGUAUAUAAAGUGAAUAACCACUAAAGCAUAUUGUCUUAUACAAUAGAGAAAGCAGAGUGUAUAAACAGUGGACACAAAGACACACAGAGUCCAUUACUGCCACAGGUCCUCUGUACGGCCAAACUUGAAGACCAAACCCC